AUGAAGUUCGCUCUUGUUCUCGCCAGCACCGCCGCUCUGGUCGGCGCCUUGCCCCAGUCCACGCCCGCCGGUUCCGCGGAGAGAAACCUGCUCCCUUGGUUGCCGGCAGGCCCCUUUUCCCACGAAUGCGGGCCGUUCGGAUGGUACAGCGACGCCGAGUGUGGUACGCAUAAAUACUGCGAUUCCUUCAGGGACCCGGAAAUCCCAAACGAUAAAAAGUACCAGACGACACAGGAAUGUAUCGAUGCCCACGAGCUCCCGUCAGGCUCGGGCACUGGAAAGUUGCCAUGGGCUAGGCAGGGCUCCGAUCGGGCCUGUACUUCUUACAUUGAACGAAAAGUCUAUUUCCCUCGCAUCGUCAUGGAGGAGAAUUGCGGGUCGCAACGCUUCUGCGACUUAUUCGGCCCGGGAUCUCCCCUCGCAGCAGAGUUGCCCGAGUUGAAGAAACGGUACGGGUUUUCCAGUGUCGAAGAAUGCCGCGCUGCACACUAG